GUGUGUGAGACGAGAGAGAGAAGAAUAUAGUAUUUCUUGAAGUUGCAAAGCUCUGAUUAACUUCACGUGUAGACUCAUUCACCUGUCCGUGAGUCUUUGCAAACUACAACUUCAAGAAACACACACAAAUACACACAAAAAUACACAUACAUUAUACACAACUACAGAUCCACUUGAUCAGUUUCUUUUCACCUCAAGAACCGGCUUCAAUGGUGGUUCUUGAUUCUUGAACAUUCUUGAAGAUGAAAAGAUGUUGACUUUAUCAGUCAAGAUCCAAAACCCAUUUGACCAUGCAAUUCAAUUUGGGGAAAAACCCUUUUUUUUACAUUCUUUUUCUUGCAACCCCAAUCAUUACCCACAAAAAGUUUGCAUCUUUUUGAAUGGAUCUUUGAAACCCAGUUGCUGAUUUGCUUUCAAGAUCAUACCCAGAUGAGAUGGGUCAAAUGGGUCAACACUGGUGUGUUUUGUUUCUUAUUCUUUUAUGGUUUCAAUGUGCAAUAAGUGGCGGUGAUAAAGAAGCACUUUUGGGGCUAAAAUCAUCUAUUGACCCAUCAAACUCUCUUCACUGGAAUGGAAACAAUUUCUGCAAAUGGGAUGGUGUUAGAGAAUGCUUACGUGGCAGAGUGUCAAAACUUGUUCUUGAAAAUUUGAAUUUAAAAGGCACAUUAGAUUCAAGAUUUCUCAACCAAUUAGAUCAGAUUAGAGUUUUGAGCUUCAAACAAAACUCAAUCUUUGGCAAAAUCCCAGAUCUUUCAGGGUUAAAAAACCUUAAAUCAGUUUACUUUUCUUACAACAACUUUUCCGGCGAGUUUCCGGCGUCUUUAACCACUCUCCACCGCCUCAAAACCAUCGUACUCUCCGGCAACCAUCUCUCCGGCGAGAUUCCAGAUUCACUCCUCAAUGUUAAAAGAUUGUAUGCUUUUUAUGUAGAUGACAACAAUUUCACAGGUAACAUCCCACCUUUGAACCAAUCCGGUUUAAAACUAUUGAAUUUAUCAAAUAAUCAACUUUCCGGCCAAAUUCCGGCGACCCCUGUUUUACUCAAAUUCAAUUCCACCUCAUUUUCCGGCAAUGUGGGUCUAUGCGGCGAUGCAUUUAACAUCCCAUGCAGUUUAUCCCCUCCCCCAUCUUUAUCUCCGGCGAGUCCGCCACCACCCGCCGGAAAAUCACAUCACCGGAAAACUAGAAAUAUAGUUAUAAUAGCCAGUUCUGUCGGUGGGUUUUUGUUAUUAUGUAUUUUAAUCACAUUAUUAGUUAUCUGCUUAAAAAAACGCAAAAAAGAAUCUCCGCCGGAAAAAAAAUCAGACACGGCGGCGGUGACGGCAGCGAGCGGCAGCGGUGGCGGCGGCGGGGUGGCAAGUGGUAGUGGGAAGAAUGGUGGAAGUGGGUUUGCGGCGGAAGGUGAUGAGGGUGUCGGGAAGCUGGUGUUUUUCUUCGCCGGAGACUCGCCGGAGAUGAGUUAUAGUUUGGAAGAUUUGUUGAAAGCGUCGGCGGAGACGUUGGGGAGAGGGACGGUGGGGAGUACGUAUAAGGCGGUGAUGGAAUCGGGGUUUAUUGUGACGGUGAAACGGUUGAAAGAUGCGAGGUAUCCAAGGGUGGAAGAGUUUCGGAGACACGUGGACGUCAUCGGACGGUUGAGGCAUCAGAAUUUAGUGCCCCUACGGGCUUAUUUUCAAGCUAAGGAGGAACGGUUGCUGGUUUACGAUUAUUUCCCCAAUGGGAGCCUUUUCUCUCUCAUACACGGAUCAAGAACAUCUGCUGGCGGGAAGCCACUUCAUUGGACAUCAUGCCUUAAGAUCGCGGAGGACUUGGCUACCGGACUUCUAUACAUCCACCAAAAUCCCGGCCUAACCCAUGGAAACUUAAAAUCUUCCAAUGUCCUCUUAGGUUCCGAUUUCGAAUCAUGCCUCACCGAUUACGGGUUAAUGUCAUUCAGAAACCCCGAUUUCCCCGAAGAAUCAAGCGCUUCGUCCCUCUUCUACCGUGCCCCAGAAUGUCGUGAUCCACGAAAACCGAUCACCCAGCAAGCGGAUGUCUACAGCUUCGGGGUCCUCCUGUUAGAGCUUCUCACAGGAAAAACACCAUACCAGGACCUUGUUUUGGAACACGGGUCGGAUAUCCCUAAAUGGGUCAAAUCUGUUAGAGACGAAGAAACGGAGUCGGGUGACGAGCCAACAUCCUCGGGGAACGAGACGUCGGAGGAGAAGCUCACGGCUCUUUUGAACAUUGCAAUGGCUUGCAUUUCACUUGUUCCGGAAAAUAGGCCGGUUAUGAAGGAGGUGUUGAGGAUGAUUAGAGAAACGAGAGCGGAAGCAGCUCAUGUGUCGUCGAAUAGCAGUGAUCAUUCACCGGGAAGAUGGUCGGAUACGGUCCAGAGUUUGCCGCGAGAUGAACAUUUGAGCAUAUGAUUCGUUGGUCGUUGAUUUUAUUGAUGAAAGUUGAUUUGUGUAUCUGUGAAGGGAUUUUUUUUUUUUUUUUUUUUUUAGUUUUUGAUAUUGUUUGCUGCUACAAUUGUUUGACUUAUUUCAAAUUGUAACUAGGGUUGACUUGUUUAAACUUUAAA